AUGCGGAUUGGGGAAAUGGUGGAGGACUGUCCUGUCUCCUUUCUCUUCCUGGCAUUCCAAUGCUGCCAAAUAGACCCCGACCGACGGUUUUCCUUCCCACAAAUCAGUCUCCGUCUCGAGUCCACGUUGAUUGACUACAUCAACUACGGACUCACCGUCGAACAUGCCACAUGCACCAACAAACCGUGGAUGUCCCUCAACGACCUUUCCUCCUUUUCUGAACAGGACUGUCUUGGUUCAGAACUCGACUUGCCUUCGUUGGCUGAGGUGGUCCCCGAAUGUGAGGAUCUGCGGACAAUGUCCCCACGCGAGGUCGGACAAGCCAUGACUCAUCUCGACCCUCACUACACCUCCCACGGACUUGGUGUCGACUCCAUUCUGUCCCUUAUGGCCAUGUCCUCCAAUCGAGCACAACUGUCGGCAGUCCACAGUACUGAGGAGAGUCAAUCCACUCGUCCGAGUGAGUCCAAUACCGACCACUGCCCUCCCUCCCACCGUCGCACUCAUUCCCUACCCUACACGCAAGUCCAACUGAAGAAACUGGCAGACCGCAGUCUGUGUAGUCUGCCUUCCGAUCGGAACUUGAAGAUGAAGUCGGACAAUCGAGGGGAGGUGCCCAGACUGAUAUCGAGGACACUCAUUCACGAAAUGCACAACCACGCAAUCACACUCCCAAUGGCCAUCGUCAAUUGCAAGGAUACUUCUGUCGAUUCUGCCUGCACUUCUGUCUCAAUUCGUCGUGCUCAGUUCGCCAACAAGUCCAUAUCGGACAUUCAAAGGAAACACGCCUUCGCAAUCGAAAACGACUUUUUCCAAAAGUUUAUGAGCAAUUGCAGUUCCAGCUCAAUUUAUUCUUCUUUCGACAGUCAGUCGGAUGUGCAAGCAGACAAAUGCAAGUUCUAUCGGUUCAUGAGGAGAUACCUCACCGCCUGUCUAAAUUCUCAAAACACUUUCACAAACACUGACAGGAGAAUUAUCUUUACUCCUGAAACUCUCAAAAGAAUGAGAGACGCGAGGGAACUUUUUAAAUCUCUUCAAAAUGAUUGA